AUGCCUGUCCCCGAACAAGGACGCCGCAGCAGCAGCAAGACGUCCCGGAGGAGCGCCAAGGAAGAGAGGCCAUGGCAGGUGAGGGCGGGCGGCGGGAAGGGCCGGAGGGGGGAUUCACGCCCCCCAGGGGCCAGGGGAGGAGGAGGGGCAGGGGGAGCUGCGAGGCGGCCGGGAGAGCCGGCAGCUGGGCGGCAGGGGGCACGCAGGCGGGUCUGGGAACUACCGCCGGAUGCUCAGGGGGAGACCGGCGGCGGGGAAGCGGCUCCCGGGCAGCCCGCAGCUGAGCGCCUCCUCACUGCCUGGAAACCUUCGCAUUCCCCCGGCCGCAGGAGCGCCGCCGCCAAGAUUCCUGCCUGCCUUCCUGGGGCAGACGCCGCCGGGCGGGCCGCUGCGCGUGGCCAAGAGGAGGAGGCGGCGGCGGCGGCGCUGAACCAGGUCCCUCCUGUCCCCUCCCGUCCCGUCGAACCCGGGCGACGCCGGCAGCCUGCAAAGCGCGGCUCGCGGGAGGCAGGCGAGCAGGCGGGCCGAACACUCGGGGCGCUGACCUGGGGCGGCGGCGGCGGCUGCUGCUGCUGCUGCCCUUUCCCGGGGAGUCCGCGUCUCUCUCCUCCUCACCUUCUUCCAGCACUGAGCGUGGCGAGCGUGGACUGGAAGCGGCCCGAGAACACCGCGGCCCACCACACCGACCAGUACCGCACCCAGGAGAUGGUGGUGCGCAGAGGGCAGGCCUUCGCCAUGACUAUCGCCUUUCAAGGGUCGCAGCCGCCAAGGAACCUCACCUUCGUCGCAGAGACAGGCGCAACCGCUGCGCUCAAAGCCAAGACCCGCGUGGCCUUCGCCGUGACCCGGACGCCCCGCAGCGGCUCCUGGAGCGCCGUCCACACCGCCUCCCAGGCCGGCUCGGUGACCGUCUCCAUCGUCAGCCCGCCCAGCGCCAUCAUCGGGCGCUACACCCUAAGCGUCAUGGCCGGCGCCGGCGCACCCGCCACCAGCCUGGGCACCCUCUGCCUCCUCUUCAACCCCUGGCUGGCGGGGGACGAAGUCUUCCUGUCCAGCAGCGCCGAGCGCCAGGAGUACGUCCUCUCGGAGUUCGGCCUGGUCUUCAUGGGCAGCGCCAACCGCAUCGGCCAGGCCGGCUGGAACUUCGGCCAGUUCCAGGAUGACAUCUUGGACAUCAGCCUGACCAUGCUGGACCGCAGCAGAAGCGCCACCCAGGACGCCCACCGAGACCUGACUCUCCGCAACGACCCCAAGCACGUGGGCCGCGUCAUGAGCGCCAUGGUGAACAGCAACGACGACAGCGGGGUGCUGCAGGGCAACUGGAGCGGGAACUACCGCGGGGGGCAGAACCCCAGCAGCUGGACGGGCAGCGUGGACAUCCUCCGGCAGUGGAAGGCUUCCGGCUACCGGGCGGUGAAGUACGGGCAGUGCUGGGUCUUUGCGGGAGUUCUCAACACCGUGCUCCGGUGCCUGGGAAUUCCGACGCGCAUGAUCACAAACUUCAACUCUGCCCAUGACACAGACAGAAGCCUCACAAUAGAUGACUACUACGAUGCCUCUGGAAACCCUCUGAACAUAGGAGGAGACAGCAUCUGGAACUUCCAUGUGUGGAACGAAAGCUGGUUUGUUCGGUCUGACAUUGGCUCUGCAUUCAACGGAUGGCAGAUUCUAGAUGCAACUCCCCAGGAGAGAAGUUCAGGCCUUUUCCAGUGUGGUCCGGCUUCUCUGAGGGCCAUCAAAGAGGGCGACGUGGACCUGAAGUACGACAGCCCCUUCGUCUUCUCUGAGGUCAACGCUGACCGGGUCACCUGGCUGUACAACACCUCCACGGGGGAAACCAAGAGGCUUCACACAGAGACCAGGUCCGUGGGCCAGUACACGAGCACCAAGGCCGUGGGCAGCUAUGCCCGCCAAGAUGUCACUGGCAGCUACAAGUACGCAGAAGGCUCUGCCGAAGAGAGGAGAGUCUUUGAAAAAGCUCGCUUAAAGCUGAACCUGAACACCAUGAGCUCCACGGCCAGGGAGUUUGCCAUGACCAAGCCCAGCGUUUCGGGGAGCUUCAAGGUGGAGCGCACCCCGGAGGUGGGCAAAGACGUCUGCAUGGCUCUGAGACUUACCAACCACGCUGCGGAGCCAAAGGCCGUAAAGACCCACAUGGCAGCCUGGACCAUCAUCUACACCGGGAAGCCCAUCCAUGAGGUCUGGAAGAGCAUCCAGGACGUCACCCUCGGCCCCAAAGAAGAGAAGACCUUCCCCAUCACCAUCUCCUAUGAGGCGUACCAGCAGUACCUGACCACAGACAACAUGAUCCACACCACAGCCUUGUGCCACGUGGAGAAGGAGGAGGAUAACCUGGUGGAGCGCGUGGUCACGUUGGACAACCCCAGCCUCAUAAUCAAGCUGCUGGGUGAGGCGAAAGUGAAUGAGCAGGUGCCGGUGGAGGUGCUGUUCACCAACCCUCUCACGGAAGAUGUCAAGGACUGUGUGCUGCUGGCGGAGGGCAGCGACUUGCUGGCGGAAAAGCUCAGGCUGGAGGCCCCUCCGCUCAAGGCCAAGCAGGUGGCGACCAUCCAGUUUGCAGUGGCCCCCACCAGGGACGGGACCAAGCAGCUGCUCGUCAAUUUCUCCUGCGACAAAUUUCAAGACGUCAAAGCCUUUGAGACCGUAGAGGUGGCCCCGUGAACCUGAA